CGGAUCAUGACCUAUUCUCGCGAGAGCCAGUGCGAGACAGGUUCAAGAUGGCGGAGGCCGAAGUCGGCAAGAAGGUGGAGCGGUGCUUGGCAGAUGCGGUGGUGAAAUUAGGUGUUGGCCUUGGAUUAGGAAUUGUAUUUUCUGUUGUUGCUUUCAAACGACGUCAGUGGCCUAUUACUUUUGGUGCAGGGAUGGGCUUGGGAAUGGCGUAUGCUAACUGUCAACAUGAUUUCCAGUCCCCAUACCUUCUUCAUGGAAAAUUCGUCAAAGAUGAAUCGACAUAGUAUUAUUUUUUCAGACCGUACUUGUUGCCGUGGAUCAUUUCUGCCUUUGUUUGCAAUUGAAAUUCUUAUUACUGUGCUUUGUUUAAUUUUACUUGUCAAACUUCUGCACCAGUUUUGUCAUUAAUAAUGAGUUAAUAACAGUUUAUUGCCCCCGGUUUCGUCCAUUUGUAUGUAUCAAAUAGAUUAACAGUAAGGGCAAAGACUAACAGAUCGGUUCAUCUGGAAAAUUGUCUGAAAUGAUAGUCGCUGGUGAUGUGAACAAGUGAGGUGAAGUUAUGAAAAUAAGUUGUCUUGAUUGCCUGAUAAUCGAUUAAACUUUAUUUUAAUUUA